GCUGGUGCUACAGCCAACGGCUCUCGAGGCCUAUAUAAAUAGACCCCAGGACUCCCAAGUUUCUUCAUAUUGUCUCCUCCAAAGCUUGUUCGUUGAGUAAGGUUUCCCGACAAAAAACGAAAAGAAGCCUUACUCCUUCCAGCUUUCUGUUAUUCUGCUGAAUUUGCAGUAGAUUUCUCAAGUCAAAGCAAAGUACAUAUAUGGUUGAACGAGACGUUCAGAUCCCAACUGCUUUUGACCCGUUCGCCGAAGCCAAAGACGUAGAUGCCCCCGGAGCCAAGGAGUAUGUGCAUAUCCGGGUGCAGCAGAGAAAUGGAAAGAAGUGCUUGACGACAGUUCAAGGGCUGAAGAAGGACUUCAGCUACGACAAGAUCCUCAAGGACCUUAAGAAAGAGUUCUGCUGCAACGGGAAUGUCGUUCAGGACAAAGAGCUCGGCAAGAUAAUUCAGCUCCAAGGCGAUCAGCGCAAGAACGUGCUGCAGUUUCUCGUUCAGGCCAAGAUUGUCAAGAAGGAUCAGAUCAAGAUUCAUGGUUUCUGAGGACUUGGAGUCGUAGUCGAGUUUGUUACCGUUGUAUUAAGUUUGCUACUACCUCCCAGAACCUCCUGGCUUGUUUGGAUGUUCUGGGGUUGUAAUAACAGAAUUGUCUAUAUAAUAUGGAAUUUAUGGACUUCUGAUGCA